GCAGCCCUGCCUACUUUUAAUAGCUUUAUCAUGUGAUCAUGAACAGUAGUAAGACAGGUGCCUUCAGUUCAUUCUCAGUAAGGGGCCAGUUCCCUGUAUGAGUGUAAUCUCCGAGUGACUGGAUUCUGUUUUCAUAGACGCUUGUUUUGCCAUUGUUUAAGGGCUGGAUGGCGUGGGACAGAUGUAACCAGGGCUCUGUGUGGAGUGAAAUAGAGUGUACUGCUUUAGUUGGUGAAGACCAACCGCUCUGUUCAGAUCUCCCAGAACUUGACCUUUCUGAACUUGAUGUGAAUGAAUUAAAUGCAGACAGCUUUCUGUGUGGAUUCAAGUGGUACGGUGACCAACCAGAGAUCAUUUCCAGUCAAUAUUGCAAUGAAUCAUCAAGUCUGUUUGAGAAGAUAGAUGACGAGAAUGAGGCCAACUUGCUGGCCGCACUUACGGAGACCUUGGAAAGCAUCCCUGUAGAUGAGGAUGGACUACCUUCCUUUGAAGCCUUGGCAGAGGGGGGUGUGCCCACUAUGAAUGAUCCCAGUCCUCCAGUGGUACCUGAUGGUGCCCCUCCAACCCCAGAGGCUGAAGAACCGUCUCUACUUAAGAAGCUUUUGUUGGCCCCACUGAAUGCACAACUUAAUUCUAAUGAAUGCAGAGGACUUGCUGUACAAACUCAAGUAAGCACUAAUCAGAAGCUCAGAAUGAACUCUGCAGUUGUCAAGAUGGAAAAUUCAUGGAACAAUAAAGCAAGAGGCAUUUGUCAGCAACAGAAGUCACAGAGACGACCCUGCUCAGAACUCCUGAAAUAUCUGACAGCAUGUGACGAUAACCCUUCCCAGACAAAACUCACAGACAACAGGAUUAGCAAUAAAGAAAGAUGUAUUUCUAAAAAGAAACCUAGUCUGCAGUCUCACCAGUCAUACCAUUCUCAAGCAAAGCCAACAAUGCUAUCACUUCCUCUGACUCCAGAUUCACCAAAUGAUCCCAAGAGUUCCCCAUUUGAAAAUAAGACUAUCGAACAAACAUUGAGUGUGGAGCUCUCAGGCACUGCAGGUCUAACUCCACCUACUACACCUCCACACAAAGCAAGCCAGGAUAAUCCUUUCAAGACUUCUUUGAAGCCUGUUGAGUCAUUCAAGUCCUCACAAUCACCAGUUAAAAAGCAACGCUUUAGUGACCCUUUGACACCUCAAGGGAAUUGUCCACUCAAGAAGGGCCCAGAACAAACUGAACUGUAUGCACAGCUCAGCAAAACUUCAGUAUUAAUCAAUGGACCAGAGGAGAGGAAGGGGAAGCGGCCUAGUUUGCGACUAUUUGGUGACCAUGACUACUGUCAAGCUGUGAAUGCAAAGGCUGACAUACAAAUUACUGUGUCACAGGAUUCACAGUACUUCAGGCAGUCAGUAGGGAAAUAUAAUGUUUCCCAUGGGCAUCAACUUCAUCUUCAUUUACCUUCUGUUCAAACAGACAGAUCUGGAAAAGAAACACAGCAGCUGAACAGACAUCCUGACCAACUAACAAACAACAGGAAACAUCUACAAGACCAGGAAAUCCGUGAUGAACUCAAUAGGCACUUUGGCCACCCAAACCAAGCUUUUUUUGAUAAAAGUAUAGCUAAAUUCAGUGAGUCACAAGACAAUGAUGCCAGUGCUAACUUUUAUUCUAAACUGCCUCUGUGCAUAAAUGCAGGAAUGCCUGCAAAUGGUAUCUUUGAUGAAAGUGAGGAUGAUGGUGACAAACUCCUUUAUUCCUGGGAUGGCGAGCAAGCUGAUGUAUUAUUUGAAGAAUGUAAUUCAUGCUCACCUUACAGUUCUCCCCGGAGAGGAUCUGUCUCACCACCCAAAUCUUUAUUUUUGAAAAGAACUUGCAGAGGAAGAUCUAGAUCUCGGUCAUUCUCCAGGCACAGAUCGUGUUCUCGCUCAUCAUAUUCUCACUCAAGAUCAAGAUCACCACACAGUAGAUCCUCUUCAAGAUCAUGUUACUGUGACUCCGACAAUCUCAUAAGCAGAUCCAGUACAAGCCCUUGUUCCCACUCACGUUCUAGAUCCAGGUCACCAUACAGGCACAGAACAAGGUAUGACAGCUAUGAGGAAUAUCAGCAUGAAAGGCUGAAAAGAGAGGAAUAUCGACGUGAUUAUGAGAAACGAGAAUUUGAAAGAGCAAAACAAAGGGAAAGACAGAAGCAAAAGGCAAUUGAAGAGAGGCGUGUUAUUUACAUCGAUAAACUUAGAUCUGGUAUAACAAGAACAGAACUCAAACGUCGCUUUGAAGUUUUUGGUGAAAUAGAAGAGUGCACUGUAAAUCUGAGAGAUGAUGGAGACAGUUAUGGAUUUAUAACUUACCGUUAUACCUGUGAUGCAUUUGCUGCUCUUGAGAAUGGAUAUACAUUGCGCAGGUCAAGCGAACCUCGGUUUGAGAUGUGCUUUGGUGGACGUAAGCAGUUCUGCAAGUCUGAAUACACAGACUUAGAUUGUAACUUGGAUGACUUUGACCCAGCUUCUACCAAAAGCAAGUAUGACUCCAUGGAUUUUGACAGCUUAUUGAGAGAAGCACAGAGAAGCCUGCGCAGGUAACAAGCUAAGGAUCUGCUGAUUCAGGAAGGAACCCUUCCAUAGUACCUCAUGGGCUCCAUGUCCUUCAAUAAAAGACUAUUUAAUGUCAAGUCUGGGAACAUGCUCCCAGUUUACACUGUCUGUAGAAAUAAAGUUUACAUGAACACAGCUGCUAAAAAAGUAAAAACAAGAAAGAUGUCCAGGCAGCACUUGUGAAUAAUGGAUAUCCAAAGACAAGAUUCCAUUUGUUUGCUUGAAAGAUCUUAAGAUUCAUCAUCUAAAAGUAGCCUUGUGGAUGGUUGAAAUUGCAGCUUGUUCAGCAGUUUUUGAUGUUCGGAUGUGGUGUUACAAUACUGAUGAGAAAUGGGAAUUCAUAUGUGGGGGUGUGUUUAUGUACUGCAAUCAGAAAUGUAGUCAAAGUAUUUACAAAUGUUAAAUGGAGUAUUUUUAUUUUGUGUAUAUAUAUCUAUAACAAUGUUCUUUAUUUGUUACAGCUAUGCACUGUAAAUGCAGCCUUCUUUUCAAUACUGCAGAUUUUUUCUUAAUCAAAAAUGUUCAAAUGUAAUUAUUAUGAAGUAAUACAUAUAUUGUACACUAACAUAUUUAGGAAGCUGAAAAUGUGCUAAAAUAUAUAUUUGAUUGUAUAAAGACUGUGUGUGAGUGUGUACCUCAUGAGGGCAUAGGCUGAGUCUUUUCUUUCCGCACCUUGAAUCAUUAUUGACUUACGCACUAAAUAUUUUUAUAUGAUCCUGGCCCCAAUAUUUUAACAUAAUUACUUUUUUGUUUUAUUUUACUGAGAUCUUCUGUAUAAUUUGUGCUGGAAAUGUAUUUUCUGAGCAUUUGAAAUUAUGAGGGAAAUGAACUGAGCCAUAUUUUUGUCAAUGGCCUUUUCGUACACUGAGAUAAAUAGUUGUGUACAUAUGAGCAUGUGGUGCUUAGCUCAGAGGUUCUAAAAACCAAGCUCAUAUGUUUUCCUCCACUAGCAUAAUUCCAACACUGUCUCCACUUUGUGUUGGGCAGUUUUACACAAUAAUUUCUGUAGGCAAACAGAAUUUUUAAUCUAACAUUUUUUUAUAAAAGGUCAUAUUUCUACAUUUACUGUUGAGGUUGGUUUGUCCUUGAAAGUAUUUUUUUUUCCUAUGAAUUUGUUACAGUAGGUCUGGAUCUGAAAGAGAAAAAAAAAUCUUUAAAAAUCUGUUUUCUUUAUUUUUGUGUGUAUGUGUGAAUCAUUUUUAAGCCACACAUUGUGAGGUUAACUGUAAGUGUUAAAUUUUUUAAACAUUUUGCAUUACCCUCGUUUUCAAGCCAGUAAUAAUCUCACUGGUAACUAUUUAUUUUUAUUUAAAGAUUAUGCAUCCAGUUUUGUAUAAAUAUUAAAGUUCAUUCCUUUGUUUACCGAAGAGUGAAGUCAUUUUGCUUUAUAACACACAUAAUCUAUUUAUUAUAAAUUGCAUUUUUAAAAGUAGAUGAUAAGAUCAUUUGAGCCGUAUGUCAAUGAUCCUCAGAAAGAUCCAGAAAUGAUACUUUUUCCUUCUGUUUGAUAAAAAUGCAGAUGAUUGCCACUACUGCUUUAACUGCUUCUGUUAACAUAGAUGCAGGAGCACUUAACUGCACAGUCAUAAAACUGCAUGUACUAGGGCCAAGUAUUUUAUUUUUUUCUUGUCUUCACGCACAAUUAUAAGGCUGUAUAUGCCAUGAUCAUGGCCACAGGGUUUCUAUAUAUGAUAUUCAUUCUUGAAAAUUCAAGUAAAAUAAAAAUGUUGCCUUAAAAUAUUUCAGGACUUGAAAGUUCCAAACAUAUUCUAGAGGUCCAUGCAUCCCUUGCUUUAGCACUGUUAUGCUGCUUUGUUCAAACGUGACAUCUUGAUACUAUAAUUAAGGUAAAACUGUUAUAUAUAAUCUGCUUUCCUGAGAAUCACAUUUUCAGUGUUGUCACCUAAACCCAAUGCAGCUAGGUUCUUGGCUGCCUUCAUUUUUCACAUUGAUUAUUUUGUUCUGAGCGAAUCCUCUUUGUGUGUUUGUCAGAUGAGUACUUGAUUAAGGUUUCUGAUUUUUCUAAGUAGACAGCAAUAACAAAUAUUUUCACAUGCUCUUUCUCCCAAUGCUUAUGUCCUCUGUCACUGCUUCUGUUGUUGUUUUGUAGAUAAAUGUGCAAGUCUUUAAACUUGCUUGAUUAUGUGAAUGCCAAACUAAGGUUUACAGUUUCUUUUCUGAAUUUUAAGUGAAUUUUUUGUUGUAAAAAAUAUUAAAAGCAAUAAAUUAUUUUUAAGCAAUCAAAUUUUAGCAUAUCAUAUUUAAAUAUAUAUAUAUAUAUAUAUCAAAAAUAUAUAUAUUUGAGGACCAGUCACAUUACCUAGUUUUCCUUAGACGUUUGUCAUUGUUUUUGCUUACAUCCCAUUCUGUUGUGCCCUGUAACACUGACUAAUAUGAACCAAAAGUGCUUGAAUUUGUAAUAGUCAUUAUGUUAUGGGUCAAAAAUGCCACACUGGCCCAGCUACUUUUCCUUUCCAUGUGAAGGUUUACAUUCCUCCAUAGACUCGACUUUCCAGCUAAGUGUUAAAUGACAAAAGAAAACUGAAUGACCUCAUCAGAAGAAUCCUUUCUGAAAGCCAUCAUUUAGUCUGUAGCUCAUAACCAUGAUAACAUUCUGCACAAACCUUGUUGAUGUACUACUUUGAUUCCCUGAUUUUUGGGAAAAAGAAAUACAGAUGCCUUCUAAGACAAUGUUAGGACAUGCCUCACAUUUACAGAAAUGAUAUGUGAUAGAAAACCAAAUGUCAAAAGCUGCAUGUGUAAUUGUAUCUGCUCUGUAUUAGCGGUCUUUUUUGUAGUGCUGGUUGAAAUGUAGUACAUCAAAGCAGCAGAAUAACAGAGGAUGGCGUGAGAAUUAAAUAGUCGCUGCAGAACAAUUUGCGAUUCCACUGAUGGCCUCUGUGCUAAGCUGGGAAGUCCGACGCCUUCUUCCCUUGGACAAGAGGAUGUAAUGAUGCAAAUCUGAACAACACUAUUGCUGCUGUGUCCACAACAGGCUGAACAAAUGAUUCCGACACUAAGGGACAGUAGCUGCGCCAUUCUGAAGAGAGCAAGAGAAACUUUCAUUUUCCUGGAUUCUAUUGUAAAGCUCGGGUAAUGAGAAUGUGUCCUUUUUCAAUGGCUGUGAUGAGAACUUUAAUUAUUGUAAUAUUAAAUCUACUCUAUGAGUUACCUAGAAUAGCCAUGUAAUAACAUGAUGACUCUUAAACUGAUAACUUUGUGGCAAACAUUUCAGUCAUAUGGACUACUGAUGGGGAAAGCACUACAUGAAGACAGGUGACUGUGUAAUCUUUCUGGCUUAACUAUGCCAAGUAGGGGAAUGAGCUCUCAUUCAAGAGUCUGUCAGGCUUUCUUCCACCUGCUAUUACAUGUACUGUUGUGGUUUUACCCAUUGUAUGACAAUUCCUGUGAUAUUUUUUUAUUUUUAAAUGUGCAGUUCAUAUCUGCCUCACAACUAAUAAAGGGAAACUUUAAAAUCA